AUGAAAGAAAUAUUCAAUGUACCUGCCAGUGGAAUGUAUUUCAUGUCCUAUGAAUGGUUACAGAGGGUGUUAACGCCAGCUGGAAAAGAUCGAAGUGAAAUCAGUGUAUGGAGAACUCUUUUUGCUGGUGGAAUGGCCGGUAUUUGCAACUGGAGUGUUGCUAUACCAGCAGAUGUUUUGAAAUCUCGUUUGCAGACAGCGCCUGAAGGCACUUAUCCGAACGGCAUUAGAGAUGUAUUUAAGCACACUAUGAAAGAAGAAGGUAUAAGAGCACUGUACAAGGGGGCUACGCCUGUGAUGCUAAGAGCUUUUCCUGCAAAUGCUGCUUGCUUCAUGGGAUAUGAAGUCACAAUGAAGUUUCUGAAUUGGACCGCUCCUAAUCUUUAACGUAACCCCAAGAUUAGAGAUAAAUAAAUGGUGAUGCUUUUUAAGUGCAAACAUUGUGCAUAGUGCCUUCUUUACAAAAAUAUAGAAAUGUAUAUAUUUUUGCACUUAUUUAGCUUAAACAUUUUAUAAGAUUUUAAUGACUUGUUUUAAUAAUGAUAUGAUAAGAAAUAGGAUAAAUUAUGUUAAAUCUGAAAUGUAUUAUUUGAUUUCACUGAAAUACACUGUGUAGCUUUUACGCAAGGUAUUGGUUUUGGGCGAUUCCACGAAAAAGUCAACCUUUUAUCCCACACGUGACGGUUCAUAUAUUUCACUAAAAAGUAAUAAUUUUAAAGGGUUCAGACGAAGUUUUUUGUUCAAGAUAUCACACAUAAAUUUGUAAUUUGUUAAGCAGAACAUUUCUUUUCAUUAAUAUUUUAAAGUAUUGUUUUUAAUGGCAUAUAUGAUGUGUCACAUGCGGGAUGAAAUGGCCGUUUUCCAUGGAAUGGCCUUUUUAAUAUCAUGUUUAAUUCUCAGAUUUUCCAUGAUUUGUAUUUUUACAGUAAUUGUUAUUCUUUUAAGAACUAAAAUUCUUUAUUUAUGAGCUCAAGUUAAUAUUUUAUUAUUUAUUUUAUUUUCCCUUCAAAUGCGUUUUGAAUGAACAUUGUUAUGCAUGUCCUGUUAUUUUUGUGACUAUAAUAUAAAUUAUUCUCACUAACUAUGUUUUUUCUCUCAACCUCGCCCCCUCCCUUCAUAUUGCUUCAGUAGUGAGUAGUGACAAAAUCCAUCUUUCUUUCUUCAGAGAAUUAAGUUUUAUUUUAAAAAUUCAAUUUCUUCCUUAUUUCUUCACAGUAACUCAUUUUCCAUAUGUUACGAAGAUUUCGUGAUUGUUCUGUUUUAGUAUUAACAUAACAGUAUCCUAAAAAAUAAAUAAAUAUUUACUUUUUUCAAUUUUUUCACUCUAUAAACUAUGUGAUUCGGCCAAUUCGACAUCAAUAAUUUUUAAUUAACCAUUAUUUUCAACCAUUCUUACAUUUUUUUUUUGGUAUGAGAAAAAACUUGUAAGUUCAUCUUUUUCCACGCCUACUCAAAAUACAAUAUGUGCAUCUUAAUUUAGAGCUAAAAUAAUAAUGUUAGUCUUGAUACAAUAUGGGUUUUAAUGAUUUAAAUUUCAUAAUUAUACGUUUAAACAAUGUUUCUUGCAUUUUAUGUGUGAUUUUCUUUUUAUGUGCAAUAUCAUAAGAUUUAUCUGUGUGGUUCAAAGAAUGGACAGUAUUUGCAUGAUGUCACCGUAAGUCAAGGGCGCUCAUAUAGGGGGGCAAGAGGGGGCUCGAGCCCCCUUUAGAAAUCAGAACUUCCUUCCUUUCAGUACUUUUUUCUUUGCAAAAAUGUAAAAACAUUUCUUCUCCAGCCAGUAAUGAAUAAGUAAUUAAACAUGUCAAAUUUUAAUGACUCUAAUCUGUCCUGAAAUCAGCUUCCAUGGGGAAAAUAUCCUGCUAAACCAUGGUUAAAAUAUCUGAGCCCCCCCCCCCUUGCAAUUUUACAUAUGGGCGCCCAUGCUGUAAGUAUUAAAUGUCACUGAGGUUACUGUAGCUGGGAAAAAGAAAAAAAAAAAAACAGUUCUCUGGCAUCCAUUAACACAUGCAUUUUUUCGGCUUGAAAACUCUUUUUUGUGUUAAAAAAAGAGGUAUUUUGAAUGUGUUUAACUGAAAAAUGUUGUAAAGGAAUGAUGAACGCUUCAUUUGGUACAAAAUUUCUUUUUGGUCAUAUUUAGCUGAUUUUAAGCCGCAUUAUUCCUUAUCAAAAAAUAGGUUAGAAACUGAUUCUCUUUUUAUGUAGCACUUUUCUCAGAAGUUUUAACACAAUUGUGAAUCUGUUAUAAGCCCUACGUAUGUUCAUCUUAUACAGACAGGGUGUUCCGUUUUAACCUGCAAGACCUUUAUUUUGGCAACCGUUAGUCCUAGAUGUAUACUUCCAAUUGCAAAAUUGUUCAAAAUCAGAUGCAGAAUUAGGGCAUUGAAAGUUUUAAAUAAAAAUAAAAAUGAGUCAAAAAUGCAAAAUUUCUUUUUAUACUGGCCCCAGGUCCCCUAACUUAUGUUUAGGGAAAUAAUCUCCAUUGAAAAAUAAUUCCAACACAGAAAGUUUGAAAUUAGUCCGACCAAUAUUCACCAAGAUAUGAAAUAUGCGGCGUUUUGUGACUUACACCACUUUUCACAUGCGGUCAAUAACUUUUGGAGGAAAAUAUAGUGGCUAACAAGUGUUUUUAAAAUUACAUGUGUGCAUAGAGUGUGCUUUUUCAAAUUAUUUGAGGUUUUGUAGUGUGUUUUUGCGUGUCACGGCAUAACACUUGCAUUUAUUUUUGAAUAUCGAUGAAAAAUAUAAAUACAUUGUUUUUCUUACUUUGACGACCUGUCAUUCUUCUGAAAGAGCAAUAAGUUCCAAUCUCAUCUUCUUUAUGGUCCCUCAAAACUUUAAACUGGAAUAUCUCCUUGAGUUCUGGUCGCACAAAUGUCAAGUUUUUUGUGUUAGUAAUAGUUUUCAAUGGAGAUUAUUUCUUUAAUUAUUAGUUAGGGGACCUAGGGCCCGUAUAAAAAAUUAAAUUUCGUAUUUUUUGACUCAUUUUUAUUUUUGCAUCAAACUUUCAAUACCUUAACUAUGCAUCUGAUUUUGAACAUUUUGCAAUUGGAAGACAUCUAAGACUAACGGUUGCAAAAAUCAAGGUCUUGCAGGUUAAAACGGAACACCCUGUAUAUUAAGUCCAUGGAUCAUUAAAUAAAACGUGUUUCCUUAACGCUACUCUACUAGCACUAAAAGUUAAGUGAACCUUGGGCAAGUUCCAUUGUUGUUAUAGUGUUUCAUAGUGCAAAGAAGUAUAAUGAAUAUAGAUUGCACUUAAACUCAAGCGAGGUAUUUAGUGUCUUUAUAGUUAACUGCAGGAGGUAAUAGAGUGCAUUGCAUAUGACUUUAAUCUUUCAUUUAUAAAUAAUGUAAUAUAUUUUUCUGAUGCGUUUGGAAUUUCAUCGACGUUUUCAUAAUUGUAAUUCAUAAAUAACUAUCAUCAAUAGAACCAUAGUAACUAUCAUCAAUAGAUUACUUAGACUCCGAAAGUUUUCACAAAAUUAGUUGUAAGGAGUUUAUGCCAGUUUUCCACCAAAUUUUUAACUGCAGCUGUAAUUUUUCAUUCUUUAAAUUGUAUUUUUUAUGGCACUCAAAGUAAUAAAUUUGGAAAAUUUAUUGUUGAAAUGGAUUUUAUAUGACAUGUUUUGUUCAAUUAAAUUGUUUCUUCAAA